CAGCGCCGGCCGCGCCCGCCCCGCCUCUCGGCGCCGGCCCCGGAGCCCGGUCCGCGAGCAGCGGCGGCGGCGGCGGCCGGAGGGACGAUGAGCGGCGCGGCGCGGGCGGGCCCGGCCCGGCUCGCCGCGCUCGCCCUGCUGACCUGCAGCCUGUGGCCGGCGCGGGCGGACAACGCGAGCCAGGAGUACUACACUGCGCUCAUCAACGUGACGGUGCAGGAGCCCGGCCGCGGCGCCCCGCUCACGUUCCGCAUCGACCGCGGGCGCUACGGGCUCGACUCGCCCAAGGCCGAGGUCCGCGGCCAGGUGCUGGCGCCGCUGCCCAUCCACGGCGUUGCUGAUCAUCUGGGCUGUGAUCCUCAGACACGGUUCUUUGUCCCUCCUAACAUCAAACAGUGGAUUGCCUUGCUGCAGAGGGGAAAUUGCACAUUUAAAGAGAAAAUAUCACGGGCUGCUUUCCACAAUGCAGUUGCCGUAGUCAUCUACAAUAAUAAAUCCAAAGAGGAGCCUGUCACCAUGACUCAUCCAGGCACUGGAGAUAUCAUUGCUGUCAUGAUUACAGAAUUGAGGGGUAAGGAUAUUUUGAGUUAUCUGGAGAAAAACAUCUCUGUACAAAUGACAAUAGCUGUUGGAACGCGAAUGCCGCCAAAGAACUUCAGCCGUGGCUCUCUAGUCUUCGUGUCAAUAUCCUUUAUUGUUCUGAUGAUUAUUUCUUCAGCAUGGCUCAUAUUCUACUUCAUUCAGAAGAUCAGGUACACGAAUGCACGCGACAGGAACCAGCGUCGUCUUGGAGAUGCUGCCAAGAAAGCCAUCAGCAAAUUGACCACCAGAACAGUAAAAAAGGGUGAUAAGGAGACAGACCCCGACUUCGACCACUGCGCAGUCUGUAUCGAGAGCUACAAGCAGAAUGAUGUGGUGCGGAUUCUCCCCUGCAAGCAUGUUUUCCACAAGUCCUGCGUGGAUCCCUGGCUUAGUGAACAUUGUACCUGUCCAAUGUGCAAACUUAAUAUUUUGAAGGCCCUGGGAAUUGUGCCAAAUUUGCCAUGUACUGAUAACGUAGCGUUUGACAUGGAAAGGCUCACCAGAACCCAGGCCGUUAACCGAAGAUCAGCCCUAGGCGACCUUGCCAGCGACAACUCCCUAGGCCUCGAGCCACUUCGAACUUCGGGGAUCUCGCCUCUUCCUCAGGAUGGGGAGCUCACUCCCAGAACGGGAGAGAUCAACAUUGCAGUAACAAGUGGUCACUUCUUCCACCGAAACUCCUUGUCUCCUCGGAGCCUCGUGUACGAAAGUGAAUUCUCCACCAUCGAACCUUCCUUGGACAUGUAUGACGAGAACAAGACCUGAUUUUUUCUAAAUGGGCUCCGGGGGGUCACCUCUUUUGUGAUUUAAUUUACAAUCACCUUUCUUAUUUUGUAUCUUUCUGUCAACGUCCAUUUUUGGAAGAAUGGCAGGGCUUUCCGAGUGUAGGUUGGGGCUCAGGGUUAAAUUGCAAGGUCCCCCCCAAGGGGAGGCUUUGAGGACAGCAUUAUCGCCCAGGUGGCCUCACAGGACUGAAAACCCGCCCCAAGCCAGCAGGAGAAAGUGGGCCCCAACAAGCUUGACUGUUCCCAGAGAGGAGCAGGGGCCGGUGGAGGAGAUGAGGGUUGCGUAGCAAACAUGUCUCGGAAUAAUCACAUGCUUUUCUGUGUCAGGGUGACAGCUGGGUAUUUUUUCUUUUUUAAUACCUUUUGUGCUCCCCACUCACAAUGCGUACUAAAGCUUGCAGGCGCUGCUGCUUACGGACAUGGGGCCCGAGUUGCUGCUCCUUGGCCCGCUCCGUAUUUUCUUGUCUCUUAUUCUACUUUCUGUUAAAGAGCCUCUUCCUAAAGGUUCCCAAGAGAAAGUCUUGCCUUUCGUCCCUCCUCUGAGACUGGCCACCCAGAGCAGCACGCCGGCUACAUAGGACAGGGGGUCGUCCAGCCCCCAUCAAGAGCUGAGCCGAGUGCUUAUGUGACCACCUUGACCCUGAGGCCUGCGGACUCGUCUGCUUGGCAUCUGCUGAGGUGUGUACAGAGGUGGUCCCCUGGAGGCCGGCCUGGCAGUCUCCUCUGGGUGUGAUGGCCAGUGGACAUCAAAAUCAGAAUGACUCUGAGUGCUUUCUUGAGAAGUUCGAACCACAUCCUUGCUGUUAGAGACCAAACUAGCACCCCUCUUCCUCCUUCCCGAUCCAACCCAGCCCCCUCCACCAGCCUCAGCAUUGGCACCAAGAAGGCAUGGGAGUUUUCAGAAAAGGACGCGGUGGGCCAGCAUGGCAGACAUUCAAGGACACACACGCUCCUCCCACACGCCUGGGAUGACAUGGUGUUAACGUCACGGGAAACAUGUCUCCGGAGAGCAGUCCCAACCCAGAACCACAAUGAGCACGUUUAGGAAAUAGAUAGAGGCAUCCUUCUUACCCAAGGACACAACCACAGUUCAGGCCGUUUCUCCUACCCACGGGAGCCACGUAGCGAUGUAAAUGCAUCCAACUCCUCAGAUCCCCGGCAUGAGAACGGAAACUCCAGCCUCCACGUUCUGGACUUAGAUCUGGCAGCAAACCACGUGGACCUGGGACCCUCCCACACCCACCCACAAACACACACACCUGUCGAUUUUUAUCAGCUCCGUGAAACACGAGUUUGAGGCAAAUGCUCACCAUGUUCCCAUGUGCUGCUGGCUUCUCUUCCUCACGUGUCUGUUCUCAUCAUCCCUGUAAGACGCUGUAAACACGGUCGUGCCCCCCCAAUCACAACCCCUCAGAGAACCACGGUGGAGAGAGCCAUCAGGAGCGUCGCCUCCCAGUGACCAGCAGCAUCGUGUUUCUAAUCACUCGAGGCUGGAACAGCAUGGAAUUUGUAAGGUCUCAACAGCUUUUUCUUUUUUUACCAUACACCAAGGGCUUCUGUUUGAAGUUCCCCCUCCUUUUUAUGGUCUUUGUACUAUAAACAUAUUUUUGAUAAACAGUUUCAAGAGGGCACUGUCCAGAAAGACAAGCUUUGCGCCUGCGGCUUUGAGGCAAGGGACUGGACCUGGAGGAGAUGAGAACUCCAUGUGCCAGACACUCUGGGACACACACCCGAGCUUUGUUUGGCUUGGCUCCUGGGACAGGGAAGAUGGCUCACUUCUGGCCAUGCAGUCCUCGCCAUGACCUUGAUCUUCUGCUCCUGAGCUGAGACCCUCUCCGAGCAUUCUCUCCUGAUUUGUACCGUCUGGAAAAAGCAUACGCGUCACAUUGCACUCGAGACAUUACUUUUCUGGGAAAGGAAUGAAAUCGCACGAGAAGGAGGUAGAGAUUCAGGCCCCUCAGAAAUCUACCUAUUAAACAAUAGUUGAGUUUCUGGCAUAUCUAGGGCACGCCUUCACUGUCAAAGAGCCAAGGAGGCAUUUCUUACAGGGGAAUUCACUCAGAAUAGUGCCCCAGGUCCCAGCUCAACACCUUCUCCCUAAAAAUCGAGGCUACUUCCCUGCUCAGCUACAGAAUGUCCUGCCUUUGUCAGGACAGAUGGUAACUUCUGCGUGGAGGUCACAUCCCCCCGGGGAACAGCAAUGUUCCUCCCAAAGAACAGCCUCUCUGCCGGCGUGGGAGCUGGAGACCCCUCUGGGAAGCCACUCCAGGGACCCUGGACAGCAGGAACACUUGGGGAGGACAACCUUCUCAGCACCCUUGCCUCAGAGAAGUUCGAGGUUUGGGGAGCAGCUCAUCGACCAUACAGGCAGGAUACAGGCAGGGUGGGGGUUAUGGAGAGACACUCCUCCCCUGACCUAUGAGCAUCUCUACCACAGCAAGACUUACAGUCACAGUGGUCAUCAGUAAGGACGUGUAAAUAACUUCUGAUCAGGUUUUUUUGGGGUUUUUUUUUGUUGUUGUUGUUUUUUUGGUGGGUGGGGGUUACAUUU